AUGGUGCUGCCUUCUGAUUUAGUAGAAGAGAUACUAUACCGGAUUCCGUUGGAAUCUGUGUGCAGAUUCAAAUCCGUAUGCAAACAAUGGUAUGUUUUCUUCAACGACAAGAGAUUCAUGUACAAACACUUGGAUCUCUCCAAAGAAAGAGUUAUAGGAUUUGAUCAAAAGUCCUUUCAGCUCCUCAAUGUAGAGCCGAAAGCUCUGUUAUCUCUACCAACCCCAGACGAGUUACACGAGUAUACUAUUGGAGAAACGAUUCACUGCGACGGAUUAUUGCUAUGUAAGUGUAUUGAGAAACGGGUUGAGAAUCGGUUCGAUGGUUAUUUGUAUGGUAAAACAAGAAAGCUCGCAGUAUGGAACCCGGUUUUGAACCGAGUCAUGUGGAUCGAACCUUCGAGUCCUUACAAAACUGGUGAAUUCUACGGUUUUGGAUACGACAAUGUAUCCCGUGACAACUACAAGAUCUUGAGGAUCCAUACCAAGUGUGAUGGUCAAGGCAAAUUAUCACCAGAGGUUGAGAUAUAUGAGUUUAAGUCUAAGCUCUGGAGAAGUGUUAAUGCUACUCUCGACUGGGAUUCACUGAGGGGAGCUGUGUCUAUGAAUGGAGACGUGUAUUGGAUUGCUGAAAAGAAGAUAAAUGACUUCCAAAUCGAACUGCUCAUCCAGAGUUUUGAUUUUUCCACAGAAACAUUCAAGCCAAUAUGUUGUAUUCCAGAUGGAGUUGAUUGUUCGCGUUGGAGUAGUACCACGAUAGUCUUGUCAGGUUUCGGAGGAGAUAGGCUUUCUUUGUUACAACGACCUGAAUGUGUGAAGUUUGAAGUGUGGGUUACAAGCAAGUUGACUGAUGAUGGGAUUGUCUCUUGGAGCAAGUACUUCAAUGUAACUCCUGAUCCCCUGAUACUAUUCUCCGAUUUUCGAACAAACUUCAUCCUCAAGACCGGUAAGAGUAAGAUCAUGUUAUGGUGCGAGGAAAGGCGUGUCAAGAAGAAAGAUAUAUACAUCACUUUCUAUGAAUUGGGUGGUGAGGGUGAGAUCAAAAAACAAGUUGAGUUUACAAGACCAGGUGAUAGUGCUUGCCAUGUGACUGUUCCAAGAUGGGGUGAUGAUAGAGCUUGCAAUGUGUAUGUGCCAAGUCUAGUUUCUCUUCCAGAAUAA